AUGGUGGCCAUGAGAUUUGCCUUGUGGCCUGCCAUGGGCUUCUUGUCAGCUUCUCCACUGGGCCUGCGCGAUCUACAGCGAGCCGCUCACCUCGGUCGACCUGCGACGCCGGCGAUGCGUGCGACGCGCAGGCACCUCAGCCAGCUUCCCAGUUGGCAAGACUACCAGGACAGUUGGUCGGAGGAGUUUCGCAUCCAAUUUAAGCGUGUUCGCCUGCGGGAUGGCAUGGCCCAUGAGCUUUCGAAGGCGGAAGCCAAAGACUGGGACAUGGCCAUCCUGGAUGCAGGGCACUUGGUGGCCACGCAGGCUGACAAGGUGCAGUGGCAGUUGCGGCCGCCCCCGGCUCUGCGGGUUCCUGCCACAACUGCCAUCAGAUUGAGGUGCUGUACAGCAGCGGGCUUUGCAACCAGGAGGAAUAUCUUCGCCUCUUGCGGAGGAACGUGUCCAGAGGAGAUCCCUCCUGGGGUCAAGGGUGAACUCCGCAAGUCUUUUAGGACUCCGCGCUGGCUGCUGGGGUUUCUCAGUGGUAGCGGCAGCUCCUGGUUAGCUCCAGGGGGUGCCAAGCAAGGUGAACCGAGCCUUUGGAAGUGGAAGCGAUGCCGACGCCAGAUGAACCAGUGGGAACAACGACGUCCCCGAGUGCUAUGGCAACCUCAAGUCAGGGUGCUGCUGUUUCUAGUGCUGCAGAAGAUCGCUGUGGAAGAGAUGCCCUUUGAGGAAAUCGCUUGCGAGGAUGGCUUGAAGAAUGUGAUGAGCCGCCUUCGCGACUUCUUCCAACCUCACCUAGAAGUUUCCUUGCCACGGGCCUUCGAGAGUGCUGUCUAUGGCCAACAAAGGUCCAGCAAAGAGGGCUUUGGGGAAUACAUAGCGAGGAUGGAUAGGGGUUUUAGCAAGUUGAAAAAGGAGGGCAUCACCAUGCCCGAUGCGGCACAGGGGUACAUAGUGUACCGGCAGGCAGCUUUGAGUGAAGCUCAGGAGCAGCGUUUCUUGGUUUGGGCUGAUGGGAAGUACGACAGGGCUUCCGUUGUCAAGGCCAUGCGGAAGUUGGACAAGGUCGUCAAAGACCGUGGCAAAUCCAGCUACUUGAUGGACGCCCCUGAAUAUGAGAGCGGCGUCUUUCCGGCCGAGGUCGAUGGCACUUGGGAUGACAGCUGGGAUGACGAUGAGAACUACAUCUACAUCCAGGAAGGCGACCUGGCGGAAGUCAUGGAUGAAGAGGACGUGAUGAGCGCCUUGGCAAGCUAUCGAGAGAUCCGCCAGGCGAUGAAAGACCAGAAGAAAGGCAGAGGCUUCUACGGCAAAGGAGGCAACGGCAAGGGCAAGGCCAAAGGCAGUGGCCGCUGGCAGAAAGUUCACACCGAGCAACUCAAGAUGAGGAGCCGUUGUUGGAAGUGCAACCAGGUUGGGCAUUGGAGCCGAGAGUGCAAUGCUGAUGGGAAGUCACGGCAUGGAGCCAGCUCAGCAGCGGGCGGCAGCGUUUCGUCUUCAGUGUCUACAGCAAAGUCUGGCUUCCUUGUAGUCUCUGGGCAUGCUGACGGUCACCAGGAACCGUCCAGUUUUUGGCUCAGAGAGUUUCUCCAACAGAGGGCAAAGACCAAAGAGCAGCAAUCCAGAGGUGCAUACAAGAGCGAUUCAGGUUUUUCAGGAAUCACAACCUUUCCAGAGCAUGGAGUUGUAGACACGGCAGCUGAAGGGGGAUUGAUAGGAAAGCCAGCUUUAGAACGUUUGCAGAAGAAGUUGCAUGGUUGCGGUUUGAGAACUAAGUGGAUCCCCAAGACUUCAACAGCCAAAGGAGUUGGGGGCAAUGCGACAUGUUUGGGAGUGGUGCUUUUACCUAUUGGCAUAGCCGGUGUCAACGGGGUUUUGGAAGCAACAGUUGCAGAUGGAGAUGUACCACUCUUGUUGCCCAUUCGCAUGCUGACGGGGUUGAAGGCAGUUGUCAACCUUGAGACCAUGAAAUUGCACUUGAAUGAGUAUGGAGUUGAAGUGGAGAUGCAUGAACUGCCGAGUGGUCAUGUCACAGUGGAUGUCAUGAAUUUUCAGAACGGCGUUUUCACCAUGCCCAUGGAGAUGGCGGACGAAUCAAUGGAUGUGCAGCCGCCUCCGCAUCAUGCCAAGAGGGCUUUACGAGGCUGGAGGGUCAUCAUGGACAAGCUCGUGACCCUGCUCGUGUAUACCGAGCACCAGCGGCUCGUGGAAGAGUGGUUUCCACAGUUGCCGCACUUGCAUGGCUCACCCUCGGAACCCAAGGAGGAGACAUUGGCGGACGUCUAUGCCGCCAUGAUUGCCGGUGCCAAGAUGUUGAACCCGCUGAAGGGCAAGGAGAAACCACAAGUGCCUAUCAGCAACUGCGUGCAUCCCAAGGGGAAGCUCCGAGGGGGAGGCAACUCCUCUCAGUCCUACAUAGUGUGCAAGGACUGCCAUGCCCGGUGGGAGAACAGCCUCACGACAGCAGAGAUCAAGAAGUACAUGAAAGAGCAGAAAAGUGCUGCGACUCAGGGGGGCCUCUUGAGUCAAAGUCAAACCGAGAUGGCUGCGGCAGAAUGGAUGGAGACGGGCCCAAUGACACCGCCCAGAUUAGCCAGAGCAAUUCAAAUCGAGCAGGAGGACAACCAGAGAAGGCUGCAAGAGAUGCAGCAGGCAUUGCACUACGAACAGAUGCGAUCCAGAGAACUGGAGAGAAACAUGCAACAGCAGAUCCAAGACCAGAUGAUGAGAGCGCCCAGGGAAGGAACCCAAGGCUAUGUUCCACCAGUGAUGCAGCGGCAGGCGAAGAGCCGCGCCAGGCCUAUGACCGUCGUGGACCAAGUGGCGGAUGCGCUGCUGGACAACCAAGACUUGUGGCCAGAGGUGGAGCCGGCGGAGAUCGUCGAGCUGCAUACACAGAACCAGGAGGGCGAUGUGGAAGUGGUGGAUUUGCUGGAGGAGGAGGGAGAAAGCAAGGUGAUGUGCGGGUCGUGGUUCUACGAGACCAUGGAAGAUGAUGAAUGGAUCAGGCGAGAGGGCCUGGUUCCCCUCCGCGAGACCAGACCGGUCCGCGUGUGGGUCACGCUCUCCAACAAGAGUGUGAUGGAGAACUAUUUAGAGGAUGACAAAGAGAAGCACUUCACCAACAAGGAGCGCAAGAUGGUCAACCAGGGUUUUCAAAAUGUCCUCAACGGCUUUGAGAGUAAGGUCGUUUCAGAAGUUUUCUCUCCACCAAGGGUAGCCGAGUUGGCUGCCAAAAGGGGGAUGAAGCAGGGAACCAGCUAUGACCUGGUCACAGGCUGGGACUUAUCAACUGCUGAGAACCGGCGCAAGAUGUGGAGCACAUUGCGCCAUGAAAAGCCUGAGCUCGUCAUCGCAUGUCCACCAUGCAAGAUGUUUUCCCUCCUACAGGAGCUCAACUUCUCCAAGAUGCCAUGGGAUCAGGCUGUACAUCUCAUUCAGAUCGGCUUGGAUGACUUGGAACUCGCGGCGCUGGUCGCGACAUGGCAGUACAAGCGCGGCAAGUAUUUCGUGUUCGAGCAUCCAGAUGGAGCGCGAUCUUGGGAUGAGGAAUGCAUGCAAAGGCUGGCUAAGCUCCCAGGAGUGAGGAAAACAAGGUGCGACAUGUGCGCCUAUGGGAUGGCAGUGGACGAGAGUGGCUUCAAUUUGAAGCCCACGGGAAUUCUCACCAACUCCAAGUGCAUUUCCAAGAGGCUGCAGCGGCGAUGUCCGCAAGACCACGUCCAUGCCCCACUUUUGGGCGGCCGAGCCAUCAAGGCUCAGGUGUACCCCAAAGCUUUCUGUGAGGAGAUCAUCAGGGGCAUCAAAGACCAGAUACGAGAAGAUGGCGGAUGGAGCACAGCAGAGCGCUACAUCUCCAGCGCUGAGGCGGAAGAGAUCUACGCCCAAGAAGGCAUGAGCCUGGAAGAGGAAGAUGAAGCUGAGGAGGACUUGGUGCCCGCUGACCAGGGCUUGGAAGAAGCUGUAGGAGAAAGCGGAGGAGCUGACGAUAUCAGCCCUCAGGACAAGGCCGCAAUUUUGAAGUUGCACAAAGGGGUUGGGCACCCAGCCUUGCCAGAUUUCGUGCGCUUCCUGAAGGCCGCACGGGUUAGAGGAGAAGUGGUGAGAUGGACCUCCAAGAACUUCAAAUGCGAGUCUUGCGAGGCUAAGCCAAGGGCUAAGGCAGUUCGGCCGGCCACCAUACCCAAGACCUACCAGCCGAACAAAGUGAUUGGCAUAGACCUGAUUUACCUUCCUGGAGUUGGGGGCCGACAUCAGGUACCUGCCCUGUCCAUUUUGGAUUGGGGUUCAAACUACCAGAUGGUGGAGAUCGUGGCAAACAAGGAGCCCACGACUAUCUGGAACACCUUGUGGAGCUGCUGGGCUCGCGUUUUUGGUCUGCCUGAAGUUGUGGUGUGCGACGCCGGAAAGGAAUUUGCAGCGGACUUCAACAAGACCGAGCUGUUGGAAAAGGCGCGAGCCGAGAUGGUGAUCACAAGUGAGGAGGAUCUCCACAGGCUGGUGCAGGAGGUGGAGAGUAUCAAGAAUAGAUACUCCAAUCGGUCGGGCUUCUCCCCAGUGCAACGUCAGAUAGGUCAAUGGCCUAGGGUGCCAGCCGACCUGGCAUCAGAUGAGAUCAUAGACCCUACGUUGGUUGCAGGGGCCUUGGUGGAUGACCUGGAAAGGCAGUGGGAGAUGCGACGUGUGGCACAAAAGGCGUUUGUCGAGCACAACGCUCGCAGUGCUGUCAGCAAGGCACUCAAGAGCCGAACCAGGAGUUCAGUGGAGUUUCAACCAGGUGACUUUGUCUAUGUGUACAGGGUCUACAAGGAGAGAAAGCGAAAGCAUGGAGCCUUGGCGGACAUUGACUAUGCCAAGAACAAGCCCACGUGGGUGGGCCCAGGCACUGUCGUCAGUCUGGACGGCGCCAAUCUCUGGAUCACAGUCUGGGGCGAGCUGUGGAAGGUCGCUCGAGAGCAAUGCAGACUGGCGACCAACAUGGAAAAGCACGGCGUGGAACUGGUCAUGAAAGAAUGCAAAGACCUGGUGGAGGAGUACAAGCGCACCUCAAAGAAAGCGGGAUACAAAGACUUGACUGAUGAGCCAUUCCCUGAGGAUGAAGAAGAGAUAGAGGCCUCUCCUCGAAGGGGCUUGAAAAGGCAAGUUGAGUUCCGCGAUCAGGUUGAGGAGAUACCGUAUUCACCAAGCCUGGCACCAGAACCUCUCGAUGAUGAGGGGCCAUCUCAAGCCAACGUUUCAGGUGGUCAGUCACAGACCUCCAGGCAAACCAUUGAGGAGCCAGAGACAGAAGGCCUUGGAGAGCCUUCAGCUGAGGCUACAAUUACGGAGGAUGAAAGCGUGAGCUCAGGCAGCCCUCACGCCACGGUGACGCCAUCCCUUCAGCCACCACCAGAGAUCAUGCAGCGACCAGACAUGCCAGCCAUCAUACAGCAGUCGGAGGCAGCCGCCAACCGACUAGAUGGAAUUCCCAGCAGCAGCCGGUCAGGCUGGAGAGUCCGAUCAGAAAACAGGUCAGAGCCUUACAUGAUGGAGAUGUUUUGGGCAGGCGAAGAUGAGGUUGAGGAGCUUGAGGUUGAUGAAGGUCGUGAAAAGGUUAACAUGUUGUUGCAGGCUGCAGAAAGGAAAAAGCGAGGAGAUUUUUGGACAGUAGACAGAGCCAGGAACACGAUCACAAAGCAUCAUGUGCGCAAAAGAAAAUCUCUCUACAGUCCCCUUCAUGACCACAGCCUUCCUGUUCCUCUCUCUUCGCUCAGUCAAGAGCAAACCACGCAGAUGCACUUUUUGUCGAACAGACCUCCGUGCCAGAAGACUCACAAAUGGACUGAGACAAGUCCUUCCUCCGCUGAGAAGGCCUGGUGGACCGGUACCUCCACCUUCGCCUUCAUAGCAGCGUUGAGCAGUGAGCAGAAGGAGGCACUUGAGGUGUUAGCGGUUGAAAAGAAGAGAACAGAUGAAGUGGAUAUGAGGAAAGAGAGCGCCAAAGACCUUGAAGAAUGGAAAGUAGCAGAUCUGGAGGAAUGGAAGAAGGUCACCUCGACCGAUGCAGUGAGAGUUUUGAGCCUGGAAGAAUCCCGGCGAGUGAGAGCGCAGUUGAAGAAGGAAGGCAAAACAGACAGGAUUUUGCCAACGAAAAUAGCCCGCAGGUACAAACCUGCCGAACAGCCAGGUGAACCAGCGACUAAGAAAAGUCGCCUCUGCAUUCGGGGAGACCUUGACCCAGAUCUCCUGUCGUUGGAGCGUUUUGCCCCAACAGUCAACACCAUGAAUUUGGCAGUCAUGUUUCAGAUUGCCGCCAAUGAAAACAUGAUGGCACAGAUUGGUGACCUGAAGAAUGCCUUUUGCCAAUCUACCAAGCUCGAGCGCAAGGGGGGCAAGCUUUAUUUUAGGCUUCCAUCCGAGGGGGUGGAAGGCGUUGAUGAUGAGCAGUUGGUCGAGAUUGUGGCUGGCUGCUAUGGGUUAGCUGACGCGCCAGCCCAUUGGCGCAAAUCCUUGACGGAGUUCCUGAAGGCGUUGGGCUAUGUCCAGAGCACACUGGAGACGCCACAGGGCGCAGCCUUCAAUGGGAGGCGAGUGCAGCAAAUGCCCGAUGGGGAAAUCCGCAUCGACAUGCAGAAGUUCGUGGAAGAACGCCUCCAGGAGAUUGCCCUGGAGAAGGGGAGAGCCUCUCAAAAGAAGGAGCUUGCAACGGAGAAAGAAGUGGCCUUGGCGAGAGCGGCUUGCGGAGCUCUCAACUGGUUGGCCAAAGAAGGCCGACCGGAUGCAGCAGGCCCAUCAAGCCUUUUGUCAUCGCGACUCACCAGGCUUACGGUUGAGGACCUGUGCACCAUCAAUGAGGUGAUUCGAAACCUGAAGAAGAAGCCUGAUCUAUCUCUACGUGUUCAGCCUUUGCAGAAUAUGAAGUUUGCUGUGGUGAGCGACGCGUCUUUUGGCAACGACAACCUUCACUCACAAGGAGGUCAGAUGAUUCUAUGUCAUGAGGCAGGGCUCCAAGAAAACCAACGUGUUAAAACCAAUCUUCUUUGGUGGAGGAGUGCCAGACUCCAACGCGUUGUCAACAGCACCUUGGCAGCCGAGACUCAGAGCCUAUCACGAGGGCUGGGAGACAUGCUGUGGAUCAUGGUUCUGUUUGAGGAGCUGAAGGACGAGAAAUUCUCUAUCAGGGAAUGGCCUCAAAGACUGAGUGGAAGCGAAGUCAUGGCUAUGGCGUCGACUUCGUCAACUGAGAGCCUGAAGGGUAGCUUAGCAGUUGUAGAUGCCAAGAGCCUUUAUGACCAGCUGUGUAAAGAAACGAUAGGUGGCCAGGACAAGCGUACAGCAAUUGAGAUACAGAUCAUAAGAGAGGACCUGAACAGCCUAUCCGGGAAAAUCCGGUGGAUAGACCACCCUGCGAUGUUAGCGGACCCGCUGACCAAGAUCAAAGGAUCUUGCGAACCUCUCUAUCUCAUGUUGUCCUCUGGCAUGUUUCAGCUGGUUGCAGAGUUUGAGCACAUGCAAGCGAGAACCAAUGCCAAGGAGAACGGACAGUCCAAUAUGGACAUCCGAAGAUUUGGAGUCAACAAAAGUUUGGGGAGCUGUGAAAUUGACAUGAAUGAUUCACCAUGCUUGACUCCAAAUCAUGCACAGGUCAAUCGUCAUGAACCCUUGGCAUAUGGGACUCCGCGCUGGCCGCUGGGGUUUCUCAGUUCCUGUGAGUUCUUUGAUCUUAACAGAGUCUUCCAUGAAGCGCAACCAGCUUGGAGAAGGGACCAGUUUCCAUCUUGGCUCAAGGAGAAGAAGACAGGAAUGACACCAAACUGCAGCCCCUGGUCCCCUGGUGGUGUUCUGUUCGUUGGAGCUUCCGUGUCACAGGGAUAUGGGAGAGUUCACGUUGGCGCGGCCUCCCGGGACUUGGAGAGGGCAGAGGAUCAACCGGUGGUUGGGAACAAAAAGUUCCAGUCGACAGCCAUGGACAGCCUCAUAUUUGGUCAUGGCAAAACCAUAGUUCCAGAUGUUCAGCGCAAUGGCGGUAUGCAGCAGCGUGCUUCCCAUGGAAGUCGCAAGGUGCCGCUGGAGAGGGUGCAACAGGAGCUACUCCAAGAUUUACGCCUCGGACGCCGGGUUCUGGAAACUGCCCAGAAACUUCUCCAGCUGCCACUGGCACCGAACAAGGACUUAGUGGUGGCAUUGGGUGUCCUGGGGCAUCACCAGCUGUGGCUGGAAGCUAUCGCACUGCUGCGAUCCUUCUGGGGGUCAGGUGCCCUUCGUCCUGACAUCUUCUGCCUCAACGCCUGCGCGGGCGCCUGCAGCCGCGCCGCUUCCUGGCCAUCGGCGCUGCAGCUACUGCGCGACGGCGGGCUGAAGCUGGACAUCUCCUCGGUAAACCUGGCGUGCAGUGCGUAUGAGAAAGGCAACGCUUGGAGAUCCGCACUUCAGACCUGGGCUGAGCCUCCGAGGGUCGAAGUCCUGGCCUACAAUGCAGUAACAUCUGCCAGCACUUCGUCAUCCAUUUGGCAACAAAGCUCUGAGAUGGUGGAGGUCAUGCGGCAGCGUGGCGUGGAGCCCACCAUAGUGAGUUUCACUGCAACAAUGACCACUCAAGCAGUGGAUGGCUGGCUGCUGGCUGUCGCUGCCUUGGCCCAGCUCCACCUCUUUCGCCUGCGCAGCGAUGUGGCGGCGGCCAACGCGGCUGUGGCAGCGAUGCAGUGGAGGAGAGCGAUGGCCUUGAGUUGUGCUUUCCGGGAUCACGGUCUGGACCUGAAUUUGCUCGGGCAGAACACCAUGAUCCACAGCAUGGGACUCCAUUCUCAGUGGCUGAUGGCAUCGCUGAAGCUGGAGCAGAUGGGCAGAUGUCAACUGUCUCCGGAUGUGGUGAGCUUCAACAGUUCGAUAGCAGCCGCGGAAACCAGCAGCCAAUGGAAUCGAGCUGCUUUGAUGCUGACACGGCUCUUGAGAAGCACCAAGCCAACUUCAAUCAGCUUCAAUUCCAUGAUGAGCGCAGCUGGCACCAGCCAAGAAUGGAGGAUCGCGUUGCAGCUGCACCACGAACAUUCCACCGCGGAGUGGCUGUGGGUGGAAGAUCCCAUCGGCUUCGCCACGGUCAUGGGGAUGUGCCAACAUUCGCUCCAGUGGAGCAUGGCCAGCUUCUUUCUGGCCCAGGCGCAGCAGCUGCGCCUUGCCACCAGCAUCUCGGGCCCCAAUGCAGGGCUCAUGGCCUGUGAGCAGCGCUGGCUCCAAGCCUUGCAGAUUUUUCACCACAUAGGCGACCACACAGGCGUGCGCAAGGAUGAGAUCACCUUCGCAGCGACAGCAGGAGCAUGUCAGGAGGCCAGCCAGUGGGAGCAGGUGUUGGCUUUGCACUCUUUGUCGUGGAACGGAGGCGCAGCCCCCACCUUGCUCUUGCAAAAUGCGGUGCAUUCCGCCUGGCGCCGUGCGCGCCAGUGGGAGGGCUCCAUCCAGCUGCUCGCGGACAUGCAGGAGGAGGAUGUGCUGCCAGAUGCCGUGAGCUUUGCGGCGACUGUGCAGACCUGCGAGCUGCGUGGUGAGCCGGGCCCGGCUGCCAUGGUUUUGAACCGGUUCAGCUCGAGCAGCGCACGGCUGCUGAGACCAAGCUAA